AUGGGACCACGAAAAAAUACUGAAACAAUUCCUGAAGCAGCUGAAUACAAUGUCCAGGAGCAAUUUGAGGAUUUGGCAGCUCAACAGUUGGAUCUACGUUCUGUUAUGGAUGAGCGACAUCAGGAAUUGAGGUUGGACAUGGAUCGUAGACAAGUAGAGCUGAUGCGAUUAGUCCAAUCACUGAAGGACUCUGUUGAUGGGAUGCGACUGCACCAGCAAGCCAAGGAGAGAGGUGCGGCUUCGAGUUCAAGUGAACCACUACCAACUGUUGGUCAUGGAAUUUUGGGCCCCAAUCCAUUUCAUGCUGGUAACCAUCGUAAUCACAAUUUACUUUUUCCUCGUUUCAAUGGAGAAAAUCUGAAAACAUGGUUGUAUCGGAUAGAUCAGUAUUUUGCUGUAGAUGAAACUCCAGUAAAUCAUAGGUUAAGGCUGGUAGCCAUGAACUUGGAAGAUGAGGCUUUAGCUUGGCAUCAAGCUUACUUGCGGUGUAGAGAUCCACCUAAUGUAAUUGGGUGGGAUGAGUACUUGAGGGCAAUAACUGAAACUUUUGGGGAUGAUUUUGCUGAUCCUAUGCUUGAACUUAAGCAACUAAGACAAACUGGAACAGUAAGGGAAUUCCAAUUUGCAUUUAGUAGGCUUUUAACACAGUGUAAUCUCACUACUGCCCAAGCCAUUUCCUGUUUCUUAGGUGGAUUAAAGGAUGAGUUGGUCGGGACUAUACUGAUGCAUGAACCACAAACCUUGUCUAAGGUGUUUAGGUUGGCUAGAUUAACUGAAGCUACUCAGCUAGCUAAUGCUAGAUCUCAAAAUAGAGCAUCGGGACUACAAGGAGGAGUUGUUAAGAGGCAACAUCAGGAGACCCUUGUUACAAGGUCACAACCUAUCAAUUAUAAUCAGGGGACUCGAUUGACUUUGCCAUCUUCUAUUGGAGGCAGACCUAGGAGAACUAUAUCCCCUGCUGAAAUGCAGGCAAAAAGGGCUCAGGGGUUGUGUUAUUUUUGCGAUGAGAAGUACAACAUUGGUUAUAAAUGUAAUCUUCCUAAACAAUUAUUUGUUUUAGAGAUGAACAGUAUAGAGUUAGAAGAUCUAGAACCUGAACUGGAAUCUCCAAUUACUAAUAACACGUAUGGGGAAGGUGAAACCAUAGUCGAUGGUGUUAAUCCUUUGAUUUCAUUGUGUGCCCUUGCUGGAAUUCAGGGUGCUCAAACUAUUCAUGUGAAGGGAUAUAGUGGUAAGAGACCAGUUCAGAUAUUACUUGAUGGAGGUAGUACACACAAUUUUAUUGAUAAAGAUUGUGUGAAAAGGUUGGGAUGCACUGUUGUUCCUACUCCCACGAGCUAUGUGAGUCUUGGCAACAAUGCUAAGGAGACCACAACUGGAGUAGUUAAGGACUUUGGGUGGAUGCUGCAGGGCAUUACUUAUCAGUCGGAUUUAAUAGUGUUCCCUAUUGGUCGAUAUGAUAUUGUUCUGGGAGCAUUGUGGAUGAAGACAUUGGGUCCAGUGACCAUGGACUUUACAGAACUUACUAUGUCCUUCAAUCACCAAGGAAAGAAACAUGUACUUAAGGGGGUGCAUGAAGAUUGUAGGCUGGCUAGUUCCAAAGCUGUGAACAAGUUAUCAGGAGAUGAGGUUGAAUUAUUCAUGUUACAAAUGUUGCCAGUUAUGAAUGGGGAAAUCGUUGUGGGACAGAACUUUGCUUUACAGAUAUUGAAGGAGGAAACCAUAGCAUCUGAAAUUGGUGUUUUACUUGAUCAAUAUCAUAAGAUAUUUUCUGAACCUACAAUCUUACCUCCUCCAAGGGGUCCAUUUGAUCAUAAGAUCCCUCUACAAAAUGGAGCCAAACCUGUCAAUAUCAGACCUUACAGAUACUCAGCUAUGAAGAAGGAUAUUAUAGAGAAGUUGGUCAAUGAUAUGCUCCAACAAGGUGUUAUUCAAUAUAGUAACAGCCCCUUCUCUUCUCCAGUGGUGGUUGUGGGAAAGAAGGAUGGCACAUGGAGAUUGUGUGUCGACUAUAGAGAGCUUAAUAAGUGCACGGUAAAGGACAAGUUUCCUAUACCUAUUAUUGAUGAUCUUUUGGAUGAGCUGACAGGAGCAAGAGUAUUUUCCAAGGUGGAUCUGAGAUCUGGUUAUCACCAGAUUAGGAUGGUAGUUGAUGAUGUCCCUAAAACUGCUUUCAAAACUCAUCUUGGUCAUUAUGAGUUCCUCGUUAUGCCUUUUGGCUUAACUAAUGCACCUUCUACAUUCCAAUGUUUAAUGAAUCACAUUUUCCAGCAGCAUUUAAGGAAAUUUGUAUUAGUGUUUUUUGAUGACAUUCUGAUUUAUAGCAGGUCAUUACAGGAUCAUGUUAACCAUUUUAAGUCAGUUUUUGACCUUAUGAUCCACCAUCAGUUGUUGGCGAAGCAAUCAAAGUGUGUGUUUGGGGUUUCAAAGGUCGAAUACUUGGGGCAUUUUAUUUCCUAUGAAGGGGUUUCCACUGAUCAAAGGAAGAUCCAGGUUGUUCAGAGUUGGCCUGUUCCUAGUACCCUCAAACAAUUAAGGGGAUCUUUUAGGUCUGGCAGGGUAAGGAAAAACCUGGUUGCAGAUGUUUUAUCUAGGAUCCAAGGUGCAGAACUUAUGUCCAUGAUGAUCUCUUCCGUCCAAGCUGAUUUAUGGGAUGAGAUCAAAGUUAGUUGGACUACGGAUCUUGCAUUACAAGUCCUUAUUCAAUCCUUGCUGGUGCAACCUCGUAAGCAUUUCACUUGGCUUAAUGGACAGCUGAGACGAAAAGGGAAAUUAGUUGUUGGUGAUGAUGCUUCCCUUAGAACCAAAAUCUUAUCACUAUGGCACUCUACUCCUGCUGGUGGGCAUUCAGGCAUUGAUGCCACUACUAGGAAGGUCAUGGCCUAUUUCUAUUGGAAGGGUAUUCGAUCAGAUAUAGCUAAUUUUGUACACAAGUGUGCUGUGUGCCAGAGGAACAAGUAUGAUACAUCAGCUUAUCGUGGUCUACUCCAACCCUUGCAUAUACCUGCUUUGCCAUGGACGGAUAUAUGUAUGGACUUUAUUGAAGAACUCUUGUAA